AUGGCUUUAGCGGGAUCUGUUCUAGGCAAAACGGACAGGGCAGACAGACGGACGGAAAACAAGAAAAUCAAGUAUAUAAGCUUGGAGCGUCCUGUAGUUUUGUAUUAUAACAAGAAGUUCGUAUCAUUUUUUAACACUACAGCCCGUCGCUACAGCCGUGAUGACCCUAAGUAUUACAUCAGCGGCCAUGGAGACUGCAUGGUACCUUUGGAUAAUAGAAUUUUGGUGGAUAUUGUCUUCUACAAAUCUUCGGGCAAUACUUACAAGCGGACAUUCUUCGAGUUGCACUACAAGCUUUGCGACUUGCUGAACAAGGACACCUUCCUCGGCAGCUCCAUUAAGAAAGGAACCUUUAAGGGGCCUUGUCCUUUUCCUGCUGGUACAUACCACGUGGAGAAUGUUACGAUACCCAUAGAAAAUGUGCCCGUCUCCCUACCGCUGAAGAAAGGCAGGAUCUGCGUGAAUACCACUUAUGUAACCGGAGAAAGCAUGGGCAGUGGUUACAUUGACAUAGAAAUCAAAGAAAAGCACGUGCAAGGAAGAAAGUAA